AUUUUUGGAGAAUUUAUCGUUUAAUAUAGACAAUCUACAUGCAAAUCCUUGGAAAAUAUGAUUGUGGACCUAUACAAUAGCGGCUGCACGAUGAAUGCCAAUGACAAGAGGCAACUGGAACGAGAAGCUCUGCGGAGCGUCAUCCAGCAAUGGAACGCGAACCGUGUCGACUUGUUCGAACUCAGCGAACCGAACGAAGAUUUGGAAUUUCACGGAGUGAUGCGAUUUUAUUUUCAAGAUUCUGGUCAAAAAGUGGCAACUAAAUGUAUCCGAGUGGCGUCAGAUGCAACUGUUGCUGAUGUCAUAGAAACAUUAAUUGAGAAAUUCAGGCCUGAUAUGCGAAUGCUAUCCUUACCCAGCUAUGCCUUAUAUGAAGUCCAUUCCAAUCACGAAGAACGGAGAUUAUCACCUACAGAGAAGCCUUUGCUAGUGCAGCUAAAUUGGCAUAUAGAUGAUAGAGAAGGAAGGUUUCUCCUUAGAAAUGUCGACCAUAAAACAAAUGCACCUGCUGUGGAUCUUGCAGAAUCAAAUAACUUUAAACGAAAAUUGUCUAAACGAGAAAAAAAAGAAUUUAAGAAGAAAGAGAAAUUAUCUAGAUUACAAUCUGAUGCUUCAAAGGAAAAUAAAAAUGCAGAGAAAUUAUACACAGAGCUUCCUGAAACUUCAUUCACCAGAUCCAUAUCAAAUCCUGAAGCAGUUAUGAGAAGAAGGAGACAACAAAAACUAGAAAGAAAGUUACAGCAAUUUAGGUCUAAAGAUGGAGGACCUGAUACCGGGGGUACUUUGAAAAUAUAUGGUGAAAGCCUGUGCCGUGACGUGCCUUACAAAACACUUUUACUUUCCAUCAGAGAUUGCGCUCAAGCUGUGGUCAGAGAAAUGUUGACAAAAUAUGGCCUAGAAAAUGCAGAUCCUACACAUCACUGUUUAGUGCAGGUGAAUGGUGAUGGUUCUGAAUAUAUUUUAGAUGAUGAUGAAUGCCCAUUAGCUAUACUAAUGAGUCAGCAGAACAAGCGAGGUAUGUUGUUAAUUUAUAAUAGUUUUUCAAGUUUUUGUUGUAAUAAACUACUCCAAAACUUUCGAAUAUUUUUUUUUAUGAAUUUUAUGAGAUUAUGAGACCAAGGUUUGGGA